AUGGCAAUGCUUCAGAGCUGCAUUGACAUUUGCAGCUCCUUCUUCAGAAGACGAGGGACUCUUAAGGAAUCGAACUCAAGCCAGCUUAAGCGAUGCCUUACUGCUGCCGACCUAACCUUCGUUGGCAUAGGAGCAAUGCUAGGCUCUGGGGUCUACAUCCUUCCCGGAGAAAUAGCCGGUGAGAUGGCGGGACCGGCGGCUGUUCUGUCCUUUCUCAUUGCCGGACUGGUAGCUUUGCUGAACGGCUUUUGCUUCCUAGAGUGUGCAGGACAGAUACCGCAGACGGGAGCAGCCUACGUCUACGCAUACGCGUCACUCGGAGAACUGGUCGCCUUCUUGGUCGGCUGGAAUGCCAUAGCAGCACGAGUCAUGUCCCUCGUGUAUGUAGCGCAAGGAUGGAGCGCCUAUUUCGACGACGUUAUCGGAGGCCACAUACGAAAUUUCACCAUUGAAUUUGUUCUCCAGGGCGAGGAAUGGGACGCACCUCUUCUUACCAACUUUCCGAUUUCACAGCCGGUGUUGUGA